AUUAAAAACAACUUGAUUGAGGGCAAAGUCUGAGUACCUACGGAGCAUGAAGCCCUGGAAACCAGUAGACACACACUCCUGCAAGGACAAGAUCUUCAGUGGCCUCUGCUCUCUCGUCCUGCGUCAGCCUCGGGUCCUGCCUCCAGGGGGCGCCGCGCGUCCAGAGCAGCGCUGAGGCUCGCACCCCUUUCUUUACCUGUUCUCCACACUUGGACUUGGAGGGCGCCCAGUGAACUUGGGCCAGGAGUCUGCUCACCAUCUCAGGAGAAAAGUGUCCGCAGGGCAGGAGAAGCNCUCGCUGCGUCAGUUCCUGAGAGCGGAGCUCACUCUCGGUCUCGGUCAGCCCAGAAAGAUCUUCCCCANGGAAACAAGUCCUCCACUUCCGGAAGACACAGUUCCAGCCCAGGGAGAGAGCUGCUGAGCUGCUGAGGAAGUCUUUCAGAUCUGCCUGCAGGUCAGUCAAAGGGGUCUGCAAGAGAGAGAGUGGAGACUGAGGGGCAAGAGAUGUGAAGAACGGAGACAAGACAGUCUGUCUCAUCAAGUCUCAAGUCUCGUUUAUUGGAAGGCAGCUAUGGGAGUCAGCCAAUAAAGUGCCAGGCCAGAUCUGCACCCUAGAGGUUCACCAGGCUCUGGUAGGUUUUACUGGAUGUCAUCGGAGGCAAAGGCCAUCCUGGACACUUGGAACUGUGNUACUAUAUGAGAGGACAGAGAGACUGAAUCAUUCCAGUGGCUGGAAAGAGGAUUUGUUGAAACUUGCGCCUGGGAGCACAGGAGUUUUCANUGUCUGGACCUGAAAGGGAAUAGAAGAUCUCAGAACAGCACGUCUGUCCACAGUGUGGCACCUCGGUUCCCAAAGGGCUCAGGGAAGCUGUGCAAGAAGGUCUGGAUGUCCCUUGUGAUNGCUGAUAUUUGAGAGCCAGAAGUCUCCCCAUGGCUCCUUAUCACAUCCGACAGUACCAGGAGAAGGACCACAAAAGGGUCCUGGAAUUGUUCUCCAGGGGCAUGAAGGAGCUUAUUCCUGCUGCCAUCCGACAGAUGCUGACACUGCCUCAUUCUCUCCUGCUCUUACCUGGAGUGCCAGUGACUAUAAUCCUGGUGUCUGGCUCCUGGCUCCUGGCCACAGUAUGCAGUUUUCUCUUUCUCCUUUGCCUGUGGCUUAUUUUCUGGAUUUCUUGCAGAAAUUAUGUGGCUAAAAGUUUGCAGGCAGAUCUGGCUGACAUCACCAAGUCUUACCUGAAUGCACAUGGCUCCUUCUGGGUGGCUGAGUCUGGAGACCAGGUAGUUGGCAUGGUGGGUGCUCAGCCUGUCAAGGAUCCUCCGUUAGGGAAGAAGCAAAUGCAGCUCUUUCGCCUCUCUGUGUCCUCACAGCAUCGAGGACAGGGGAUAGCAAAGGCACUGGUCAGAACUGUCCUCCAGUUUGCUCGGGACCAGGGCUGCAGUGAUGUUGUCCUUGAGACUGGCAGUGUGCAGUACAGUGCUCAGGCUCUCUACCAGGCCAUGGGCUUCCGGAAGACAGGCCAGUACUUUGUGAGCAUAGCCACAAGGUUAAUGGGUCUUUCUAUCCUCCAUUUCACCUACUCUCUCCCUUUUGCUUGGGGACCAGGGCAUAGCGGGAAAUAUUAAAAACAAGUACCAUCCCAUGUUAGCGCUGGCUACUCUCUGGCCCCAGUGGUCUCCCUGCCUCCCUGGCUUGUCCCAUGUAGCCACUACCCGUCUUGAGGAUCUCUUGCUGGGGAUUAUAAUGCAGUAAAAUCAAAAGUCUAGAGGCUUGUGAUUUAUCAGUCAGAUUUAUAUUAAUACGUUCUCAACCCACAAAAGGUCCCCACAAUGAAUUCAAAACUCAAUUGAAAUAAACUCAAGCUACACACCUAGAUGGGGUAAACAUACCCUAUUUAUUAUUUAAUCAUCUAUCUAGUAAAUUCCAAAUAUAUAUGUCUCCUAGGAUUGUGUGCUUCAUCCUCUCCUAUAGAUUUUAUUUUGUCUCCUCCUCCAUGUCUCUUCUUCUCUCGGGUAUUUCCUGUUACAUUAGGGAUGUGAUCCCUUUCUCUUGGGUAUUUCCUGUUACACAGGGAUGAGCAGCUGAAACAGGAUAUAGGAUCUUUGCAGAGAAGCUAAGGUGAACUCAGAACAAAGGCUUUUCUGGCACACUCAACUGGUCAGUUACUGGAAAAUCUAAGACUUUCGUAGGAUUGGAGCCACCACUGGUAGAGGCACAGCACGGUCAUAGUUCAGGGAGUCUGCACCGAGAGAACUGGAGCAAUGAAGCCUGUAACUUACUCCUAAGCCACCUUUGAUGCAGUGAGAGUAACUCUGAAUGGCCUCUCCUGGGUGGUGUGAUCCCUCCUGGCCUCUUGGUCCCAGUCUUAUGGGAAAGCACANUUAAAUGCAUGCAGAGCAUGAAAUGUACUUGGGGAUUCAGGAAGAUGAAAUGGGAUCAGGAAUUGUAUGAAUAUGUCACCCUAGGGAAAACACCCUGACCAAUUGGCACUCGAGUAGGUUGGACAUCAGUGGGUUUCCAGUGCUCCUGAUUUUCCUCUGUAAAAAGUUAAAAUGGCAGUUCAGGAGUUGGAACAGCACUGUAGAGUGGAGGAAGGCAGUCUCAGAACUAUAAAGUUGUGGGUGAAGAUGACCCUGCUAGGCAUAGGAGCCUUCCAGAAUUGUCAAGGAAAGGCCCGAGGGCCAANGAAUCACAGAUGUGGUUUCCACUGCUUUUGGUUGCAUGCUGGAACUGGAGAACUCCUUGCUGAGGACAUGACCUGCUUUGGUUUCAGGACAUGGAAGAAUCAACAGAGACUGACCUGGAUGAGCCUGUGUGCUUGCUGGGUUUCUAGUGCCAAGAGGCUCGAUCCAGGCUGCUGAGGGACAGUUGUUGAGACAGUCUUGCUCUGUGCUGUGUUGUUACAUGCCGGGAAGAUGUAUGUUGUAGUGCUGUAGUGGCAUUGUUAUGUCUGCACACAUACUUUCUGAUUAAGACCUCCACAGGUGGAUAUUCCCAUUGAUUAUUCUAAAUCAAGACAAAAUUAUGUGAUGUGGAGACAAUAGGCCAUAGGAAGGAGACUACUNCUACUGUUUUAGUUUUUAUUAAGCAGGUAUACUGUAUCAGCUUGCCUUCAAAAUAUUUCUUUUUAUGCCCAAUGAACUGCUGUGCCAGCAUCACUUGUAAAGGGAGCCUUUUCACAGUGGGAGGUAGUCACUCCAGAAACUCAUAACUUCCCUGUUUGCCGAGCAUAACUGACUAAUCCUUUGAUAUAGCUCAAUAUUGGGUCAUAAGUGGAAGAAAAUGCACACACACACACACACACACACACACACACACACACACAUCACCUGCUCCAAGGCUUAGAGGAGUUAUUGAAGAGGGUNCAUAAAGAUNUAAGAUCUGGAGUGGGUGGGAUACACUGUAUCUCUUUGGUCUGAAUUGAAACAUCCCCUUGUGGGUGGCUGACAGAGGCUCAGGAGACUCUGGAGAGCAUUCCUCUUUGAUGUCACCAAGGCAGUAAACAUCAGCAGAGAGAAGCCUCUUAGGAACCCCAGGGUUGUGGUUUUGUGAGUCAUUGCCAAUGGAGUGGUCAUACUGCCAGGGCAACCCGUGCUCCCAUAAGUAAUCCCUCACCUGUGUUCCCGUGCUCUAAUA